AUGUUCGCCUCCCGCAUAACGACGCCCCCUUCCGCGAUUCCUCAGAUCGAAGACACCUUCACGUCGACCGCCUCCUGCCGGUCCACGGACGACGUACAGAACUCGCACGGCACACCGGGCUCACACGUCAUCUACCACAGCCGCCGAUUCGGCGACCUUCAACUGCGCAUUCCUCGACACCCGGACGCCGAGGAGGGGAGGAAACUUUUCGCGCACCACCUGUGGAACGCGGGGGUGAUCUGCGCGGACGCACUCGAGGAGGCGAGUCAAGACGAUGAGACGCCCCCUUCCCACGGUUCGAACUCGGGACUGGAACACCCAGCAAGUGCGUGGGACAAGCGGUAUUGGGACGUCCGAGGCCGGACGGUCUUGGAGGUGGGCGCCGGAACAGCACUCCCAAGUAUCGUGGCCGCGCUGUCGGGAGCUGCCUCGACCACGAUAACAGACCACCCUUCCUCACCGGCUUUGACAACCAGUGCCAUUGAGCAGAACGUCAAGAUUAAUAUCUUGGAGCGCGAUAAGCGCAGGGGAACUGAUAAUCACACCUUCUCGUCUUCUUCCACUUCCUCCUCAUCGCUACCGUCACCCGACGUCAACAUCUCCGGGUAUACGUGGGGGACUACGACAUUCUACUCCCCCUCAUCCUACGGCAAGCGGUCGCCACGGCAGCCCCGCGCCUUUGACCGCAUAAUUGUCGCAGAUUGUCUCUGGAUGCCCUUUCAGCACGUCAACCUGGUGAAAACAAUCGUGCAGUACCUCGACGAGUCGAGGCCCGGAAGUUGUGCAUUGGUCGUGGCGGGGUUCCACACCGGAAGGGAAAUCGUGAGACAUUUCUUCGAAGUCGCUACCGGCCAAUCUGCUCCGCCAUCAUCGUUGGAGGAUGGAAGUGGGUUUAAGGAAACGAAGAGUGGAGUGACCAAGGACACAGACCUGGACGAAGUGCGAUGCCCUCUUCGGCUAGCGGAGAUAUUCGAGAUCGAUGUGAAUGGGCUCCGGCGCCCUUGGGAGCCCGUGAGAUCAGGGGAAGCCCCAGAUGCGGCGAAGAGGUGGUGUGUCGUGGCCGUGCUUGUGAGGAAAUGA